AGUUGACAGAGCAAGAGAGAUGGGAAACGCGAAAAUGCCAACAAACAGCCCACAUGUUCCGGAGCAUCCUUGGCUCCUGCCUCGCUAGCCGCGGAGCCUCAGCCCCGUGGUCCAGCCUGCCCAGGGGCCACAGCUCUGCCCCCGCCCUUCCCAGCCACCCAGACCCAUGCCUCGUCCCGCAGCGGCAUCCUGGCUCCCCGGCGUGUGCAGACCCCCAGGCACCUACCAUGUUGUACGUCGGUGACCCCCGGCGGCACCUUGCCACGGCCCAGUUCAAUCUGCUCAGCAGCACCAUGGACCAGAUGAGCAGCCGCGCGGCCCCAGCCAGCCCCUACACCCCGGAGCACGCCGCCAGUGUGCCCACCCACUCCCCGUACGCCCAGCCCAGCUCCACCUUCGACGCGAUGUCGCCCGCACCGGUCAUCCCUUCCAACACCGACUACCCCGGCCCCCACCACUUCGAGGUCACAUUCCAGCAGUCCAGCACAGCCAAGUCGGCCACCUGGACGUACUCGCCGCUGCUGAAGAAACUUUACUGCCAAAUCGCCAAGACGUGCCCCAUCCAGGUCAAGGUGUCCACGCCGCCGCCCCCGGGCACCGCCAUCCGGGCCAUGCCCGUCUACAAGAAGGCAGAGCACGUGACCGACGUCGUGAAGCGCUGCCCCAACCACGAGCUCGGGCGGGACUUCAACGAAGGACAGUCUGCCCCGGCCAGCCACCUCAUCCGUGUGGAAGGCAACAACCUCUCACAGUACGUGGACGACCCUGUCACCGGCAGGCAGAGUGUUGUGGUGCCCUACGAGCCCCCACAGGUGGGGACAGAGUUCACCACCAUCCUGUACAACUUCAUGUGUAACAGCAGCUGUGUGGGGGGCAUGAACCGGCGGCCCAUCCUCAUCAUCAUCACCCUGGAGACCCGGGAUGGCCAGGUGCUGGGCCGCCGGUCAUUCGAGGGCCGCAUCUGUGCCUGUCCUGGGCGUGACCGCAAGGCCGAUGAGGACCACUACCGUGAGCAGCAGGCCCUAAACGAGAACGCUACAAAGAAUGGGGCCACCAGCAAGCGUGCGUUCAAGCAGAGUCCCCCUGCCAUCCCUGCCCUGGGUGCCAACAUGAAGAAGAGGCGCCACGGGGACGAGGACAUGUACUACAUGCACGUGAGGGGCCGGGAGAACUUCGAGAUCCUCAUGAAGGUCAAGGAGAGCCUGGAGCUCAUGGAGCUGGUGCCGCAGCCGCUUGUCGACUCCUACCGGCAGCAGCAGCAGCAGCAGUUCCUGCAGCGUCCGAGCCACCUACAGCCACCGUCCUACGGGCCCGUCCUCUCCCCCAUGAGCAAAGCGCAUGGCAGCGUCAACAAGCUGCCCUCGGUCAACCAGCUGGUGGGCCAGCCUCCUCCGCAUGCCUCAGCUGCCGGCGCCAGCCUGGGACCCAUGGGCCCCAGCAUGCUCAGCAGCCACAGCCAUGCCAUGCCUGCCAACGGCGAGAUGAACGGCAGCCACAGCUCCCAGACCGUGGUCUCGGGGUCCCACUGCACCCCACCACCCCCCUACCAUGCUGACCCCAGCCUUGUCAGUUUCCUAACAGGAUUGGGCUGCCCAAACUGCAUCGAGUAUUUCACCUCCCAGGGGCUGCAGAACAUCUACCACCUGCAGAACCUCACCAUCGAGGACCUCGGGGCCCUGAAGAUCCCUGACCAGUACCGCAUGACCAUCUGGAGGGGGCUGCAGGACCUAAAGCAGGGCCACGACUGUGGCCAGCAGCUGCUGCGCUCCAGCAGCAAUGCUGCUACCAUCUCCAUCGGUGGGGCGGGUGAGCUGCAGCGGCAGCGGGUCAUGGAGGCCGUGCACUUCCGCGUGCGCCACACCAUCACCAUCCCCAACCGUGGCGGCCCGGGCGGGGUGGCCGGCCCUGACGAGUGGGCCGACUUCGGCUUCGACCUGCCCGACUGCAAGUCCCGAAAGCAGCCCAUCAAGGAGGAGUUCCCGGAGAGCGAGGGGCACUGAGGGCGGUGCCCUCACGCCUUCUUGGUGGCCAGAGACAGGACACGGGGCUGUGCUGAGAGACACGGCAAGGUCCUGCCCACGUCACUUCUGAGGGACAUCUCCAGCCUCAGGAGCCCAGGCCUGGAGGCAACCUGCGGGCAGCCUGGCCGCCCUCCAGAGACUCCUGAGCUGCCUCCUGCGUGCCUUCAGGGGCCAGGUGGGUGGGGCACCAGGGCCGGGCCUCCCAUGGUGGGUGGGGAUUGUGCCUCCUGCUGACUGCCAACAAGUAUUCCCACACCUGAGGACCUGGGCAGCAGCCGGGUGUGCAGAUUGAAGUCUGCCGUCUCUGCCCAAGGCCGGGCUGUCGACUCCUCUGCGGGACACGAGGGUCGGCCCUGUCUCCAGCCCACGCAUUCUGCAGGGACCACAGUAACUUUCCUGCUUUGCACAAAACCUGCAUCUGCUGGAACUGCAGCAGGCUGUGGUUGCGAGGAAGCUCCGGUCCUGGGGACCCCGAGCAGAUCGAGGGAUGGCUGUAGCUCGGACUGCUGGAAAUUGUCAAUAUUUGAUAAAAUGCUACGCU